GUUUCCAAUCAUAUUUUUCUUCAGAUUCGGAUACCUCACUUGCUAGGGUAGUAAGAUCACAUGUUUCUAAUUCUGAAAAAUUAUCAUUAUUUGCAAAGGUAGAAUUUGAUGUUGCUUUAAGCUUUUUUGCUUUUGAAGAUAAUCUUAAUAAAAUGCUAUUGCAUCAAGAGCAUAAAUUUGGAUCAAAUACUCGUGUAAAUGCAUAUUUAACAGCAUCUGUCCGAUUAUCUUUAUGUGGAAUAUUAGAUAAGUUGUAG